AUGGUCCGUCUCAAAAACCGCUAUCUGCUAGUGGAUAUUCUCUACCCAGAUCCAUCGACAUGGCCCGGGAUAACCCCCAAAUCAGCGUCGAAGCUGGACUCGUCCAGCGCCCAGCUGGCCAUCCACGCCCCGACCUCGGACGCGUUGACGCCGGGACUGCUGGCCCGGAUGGUGCGCGAGGAGGUAGGGGAGCUGUAUGGGGACUGGGGCGUAGGGAAGCUGGGAGGGGCGUCAGCUGGAGGAAUCAAUGUGAAAUACCUCUCUCCGGCAACCUCCACCGCAAUCAUCCGCUGUCCCCGCGCCUCGUUCCGCCUCGUCUGGUCCGCCCUCACCUACAUGUCGCACGUCCCCGACAACUCCGACCGCGGGCCAUCCGGCGGUAGCAGCGCACAGAAGCGCGCGGGCCGGCCCUGCGUCUUUCGCGUAGUCCGCGUGUCUGGCACAAUGCGCAAGGCCGAAGAGGAGGCGAUUCGGCGGGCGAGGAGCGAGAUUGUGCGAGUGCGAGGCGCGCAGGAGAAAGGCGUUCUUGGCGAUCUGGUUGGUGACCCGUUGGGUUUGGGUGGGAGUAGUGUUGAGGCAAGGGCCCCGGUGCCGGCUAUGAAUCCUGUUGUGGAUGAGAGUAGUGAGGAUGAGGGCAUGGCAGUGGAUUGA